UCGUGGAAGGACUGGCCGCUAGAAGCUGGAGGAACCUGGGGUCGAGCUUGCGCUGCGGCGGCGGUGCCCAUCUCAGUGUCCGAGCCAGAGCCGGAGAUCUCCCCAUCUUCCAGGACUACUUUGAUCUGUGAUAUUUUGAAUGGUCCUCUGCCUUGGAUUGUCCCCGGCGGAUGUAGCGUACGAUCGCGUCAACGAAGACCGCUCUUGCGCAGUGUGACAGAUAAACAAUAUGGCGGCGUCCUUGCACCGCCUCAGGUCUGCUGGGAAGUAUCUCCUUCAAAGACAUGUACUGAAGAUACAUUAUGUACCCAAGUCGCAGUAUCACCGUGACCGUGCAUCACCGUGUGUCCUCCGCCUGCAGCUUCCGGCCGCACCGCGCCGACUGUUGGCCACUCAGGCGGCUCAGCAGGUGGCUCUGAAUGUUCCUGAGACCAAGGUGACCACCUUAGAGAACGGACUGCGGGUGUCUUCUGAGGACGCUGGGCUGACCACCUGCACGGUGGGCCUCUGGAUAGACGCCGGCAGUCGCUACGAGAAUGAGAGAAAUAAUGGCACUGCACAUUUCCUGGAACACAUGGCAUUUAAGGGCACCAGGAAGCGCUCCCAGUUGGAUCUGGAGCUGGAGAUUGAGAACAUGGGGGCUCACCUGAACGCCUACACGUCCCGAGAGCAAACGGUGUACUACGCCAAAGCUUUCUCUAAAGAUCUUCCACGAGCUGUGGAGAUCCUGGCUGACAUCAUCCAGAACAGCACACUGGGUGAAGCAGAGAUCGAGAGGGAGCGAGGGGUGAUCCUCAGGGAGAUGCAGGAAGUGGAGACCAAUCUGCAGGAAGUGGUCUUCGAUUACCUGCACGCCACUGCGUACCAGUCCACAGCCCUGGGCAGAACCAUCCUGGGCCCCACCGAGAACAUCAAAACGAUCAACAGAGGUGACCUGGUGGAGUACAUCACCACUCACUACAAAGGCCCUAGAAUCGUGCUGGCUGCUGCUGGAGGGGUCUCGCACGAUGAGCUCAUUGAUUUGGCCAAGUAUCAUUUCGGAAAACUUCCUGGCAGAGGGGAAGCCCCGGCACUUCCUCCAUGCCACUUCACAGGAAGUGAGAUCCGUGUGCGUGACGACAAGAUGCCUCUGGCUCACAUCGCCAUUGCCGUGGAGGCGGUCGGCUGGUCCCACCCCGACACCAUCCCCCUCAUGGUGGCAAACACGCUUAUUGGAAACUGGGACCGCUCGUUUGGUGGAGGAGUGAAUCUGUCCAGUAAACUGGCUCAGAUGGCCUGUCAGGGAAAUCUGUGCCACAGCUUCCAGUCCUUCAACACCUGCUACACAGACACCGGCCUGUGGGGGCUCUACAUGGUGUGUGAGCCCGGCACCAUCGAAGACAUGAUGCAUUUCACUCAGAUGGAAUGGAUGUCUCUUUGCACGAGUGUGACUGAGGGCGAGGUAGCACGGGCCAAAAACCUGCUGAAGACCAACAUGCUCCUGCAUCUUGAUGGAUCCACUCCCAUCUGUGAGGACAUCGGCAGACAGAUGCUGUGCUACAGUCGGAGGAUCCCUCUUCAUGAGCUGGAGGCCAGAAUCGAUGCCAUUGAUGCUACAACCAUUAAGGAUGUGUGCACCAAAUACAUCUACAACAAGGCUCCUGCCAUCGCAGCCGUCGGUCCAAUUGAACAGCUGCCCGACUACAACCAGAUCCGCAGUGGAAUGUUCUGGAUGAGAACAUGAACAACCAGCACUGAGGACUAAUACCCAACCCCUGUACAGCAGAACAAAGAAUUUAAACUCAGAUUUUUUUCCCUCCUUUAAUUUUUAUUAUAAAAUAAAGACCAACACAAUAAUGUUAAAAUAACACGAAUACUA